UACUUUUCAGGUCGAGAGCUAAUCAUCGAGAUGUUUUUGUACCAACAACCAUAUCUGAAUGCCUUACAGACCAUGUGUCCACAUGUUCUUCGUUAUUUGGCAACUGCUGUUGUUAUUAACAAAAACAGUAGGAGAGCUGCAAUGAAGGAUCUUGUGAAAGUAAUUCAGCAGGAGAGCUACACAUACAAGGGUCCCAUUACAGAAUUCCUUGCCCAUUUGUAUGUUGAUUUUGAUUUUGAUGCUGCUCAGAAAAAGCUCCAACAAUGUGCUGCAGUUUUGGAAAAUGACUUUUUCCUUGUUGCAUGUCAAAAUGAUUUCAUCGAGAAUGCCCGACUCAUGAUCUUCGAAUUGUUCUGUAGAAUUCAUCAGUGCAUUAGUAUCAAGUAA